AUGAACGCCCCACUGCCCCGAGCCCCGCCCCACCGCAGACCCCGCCCCCGGCGCCCGGCCCUCGGCGGCCCCUACACCCCCGGGGCGUUGCCUUGGCCGCGCCUUCGCCACCCGCGCGGAGCCAGAUGCCGCCCCCUUCGCCGGUCCCUCCUCCGGCGGCCUGGCGCCUCCCUCCUUCCCCGCCGCGGUGACUCACGGAGCGGGAGGCGGAGGCUGAAGCGGCCGCUCCCGCUGCUGCUGCUGGUUCUGCUGCUGCUGCUGCUGCUACCACCGCCGCCGCCGUUGCUGCUGCCGCCGCCGACGCCGACGCCGUCGCUCAAGCUGAGCGCGCCCCGGAACAGGCCGCCGCGCGCUGCGCACGGACCCGCAGCCCCCGCCGGCCAGGCCGGGUCGGGCGGCCCAGGUAAGCGCCGACGCCAGCUCGCGCUUGUAGCGCCCAGGCCCGCGCCGCGCUCGGGCUCCGGGGAGCCGCCGGCCCUUUGUCUCCUGGGGAGGGGCCGCGGAGGGCGCCCCCGACCCGGCUCGGACCCACCGGCUGGGCCCCCGGCGCGGCGCCCUGGUUGGGACCAGGCCUCCUCGCCCGGCUGGGCCGCCCCUGUCUCCUGCCGCUCCGCAAAUCACCCUCCAGGCGUCCUCACCUUCUCCCGGGGGUCGCUUCCACAGGUGUCUGAGCCACCCACUCUGUCGCUCAUCUCACCGCGUCGGGUUGGUUGUCACCGUGUGUCAGCACUCCAGGUCCCGCGACCUCUUGUCUCUUUCCUCACCUGA